AUGUCAGCGGUGGCUGCCGUUGCAAGACCCAUGCUCCAAGGCGCUCAUGGGGACUAUCCUGAAGGACCUACACAUGUUGUACCUCUGUUACUAGCCGUUCUUCCAGGUUUAGAUCCUAAUGAUAUCAAAAAGACAUUAGUUACCUUGCACUUUAUACUGAUCUUCAGUUGGAUGGUCCCGUAUAUCGACUGCAGCUCAGCCCACGAGCAUUGGCCUGAUUUGACAGAAGAGGAAUUACUAACCUGUGAAUCUACAGCUCAGUUCGAGGAUUUCGUACUAGUGUUCCUUGAUAGAUUGUUCACGAUCAUAGAAUCCAGUGUCAUGGAGCAUGUUCGUUUGGAUACAAAGGAAUCCGACUGCGUUCGUAGUAAAACUGAUGCGGUUAUGGAAACUGCUAUUUCAUCAGCUGCUACCUCUGUAUUGAUGCAAUGCUCGCCUAAGAUCUUCAAGGAAGCUUUGAAGAAGUUUAAGGCAUUUGCGAAUGAGUCUACAUAUGAAACAAACGUUUCUGGUAGUAUGAUUGGAGUGUUAUUAAAAGUUUUCGCUCGUAUCGACUCCGAAUCGACUUUAGCUGCGUUUGUACCCGAUCUAUGCGAAGAGCUAAAUGAAUUACUAUCUACAGAAGAAGCUAUUCGCGAUGAGAACCCUCAAAGAGACUUGUCAUACAGUUUGGUGUUGCUCAUGAACGUUGUAGAAUGCGAUGGGGUGGUGUUACUAAAAUACAUUCCGCAGAUAAUUCCAGUAUUGGAUAAAGCGCUCAAACUUCACGCUAAGUACUCUCUGAUUCGUGCGUGUGAGAUCUUAAGCCACAUGUUUACUUCGUUAUGCUUUGUGGACUUGAAGGAGUGGAGGAGUUCUCCUAAGGACUAUGGGUCGGCGCCGCAGACUUGGUUGCCUAUUAGAGAGUGGGGGAGAGGGUGUUUGCUAAAGGAGGCGGACUUUAAGUGGCACGUGCCGUGUGAGGAGGAGGCGGCGUGUGCGCAGAUGCUGGUCGACAGGUAUGCUAAAGAUAUCAAUUGGUCUAAACAACUCACCGGCGAACUUGGACUUAUCAAAGUCCUUAUAAGCAUGAGUCAGAAGGUCCACUCUGUUCUCUGUCCCGUAGUGUUCUUUGAUGACCUCCCAGACGGCAUGUAUGGGAUGUGGGGAGGGACGCAGGCCGUCCUCAUCGUCAAAGAAAAGACACUAGAAUGGGAGGAACAGAAAAAUGAGAUGAAAGAACAAAUGCAUUCUGUUAGUAAAAAGGUAGAAAAACUUGAAGAAGAGAAGUCUAUGUUGGUAAAGGAAAUUGAAGUUAUUAAGGAGAUUCAAACUGGCGAGGCAAAAGUUCUUGAAGAAAAAAUAAUUAUAAUGGAGAAACAGAAGAUAGAAAUGGACAACAAAAUUCAGGUGAAUAUUGUAGAGGUAAAGAAACUUGAAGAUGAGAAAAUAUUUUUAUUAAACGAGGUAGACGCACUUAAAGCGGCUCUAAUGGAGGAAACAAAAAAUCAUGAAGAAAAUACAAUUAUGUGGGAAAAACAGAAAAUUGAAUUAGAUGAACAGGUGCAGGCUUAUAUUAUCAAAACGGAAAAAGUUGAAGAUGAAAAAACUAAAUUGACGAAUGAAAUUGAAAAGCUUAAAGAAAUACAGGGUGGAGAGGCGGAGAGGCAUGAAGAAAGGACAUUUAUGUGGGAAACACUGAAAAUUGAAUUGGAAGAACAGGUGCAAGCUAAAGUUCUAAUCGUGGAAAAGCUUGAAGGCGAAAAAAGUAAAUUAUUAGCUGUAAAUGAAAAGCUUAAAGAAACACAUAUGGAGAAUUAA